CCAUCCAGUCCCUCCCCGCUCUUUUGCCCCAUUCUCUACCAGGUGCCCUUGCUAUCAGCCCAAAACCAAGCUCUUGUGGGAGGACAACAACAAACGCUCUCAACCGACAUGCCGCUGCCUGCCAUCUGGCAAGGACAUUGGACGCAGCAAGGGAUACCCGGGACACAAGGGACGCCUCGGAUGCUGCAGCCUGCGCGCUUCCAGACGCCGCCGCCGCCGCCGCAGCAGCAGCAGCAGCAGCAACGGUCGCUUGUCGUACCUAGGGCUGUGGCGCAACCUUCCAUCGAAGAACUAGUCGCUUCCGUUUUGGCGAAACUAGACAACGACAGAGAAGGAAUAGUCCCAUCGACGAGCAAUGACAAACUUAUCGUGGACGCGUUGAAGAAGAGUAAGUUGAAGGCUCAGACGCCACGCAAGGCAAUCGAGGGUAUCGGUGACGCCAAAGGAUACGCAAACGCUCUAUGGAAAGACUACUUUCUUGACCAUGCCGAAAAGCUCACUCGCGAAGCUUUCUCUACGACCACUACGGCUAUCGCCCGCUCACGCCUCGAUUUGACGCAGACAAGCCACCGAAAGGCAUCCUCACAGUCAUCCUCGCGGAGCUCCACACACGGGGAUUCCUUCAACAACCUACAAAUUGCAUUUGAUUACCGCAGCUACCAGCCAUCCUCUCCCCUUACCGAACAUCGAGAGCAAGGAGCGCAUGCGCAGAGUGCUAGUAGUCGGCCUAGGCGCGGUGAUCCGGUUGAGGAGUUUCAUGCCGGCGUACAGAUUCCACCGUCCAAUGUGUCUGUCAAGCCCAAAGCUCCACGCCGAAAUGUAGCAGACAGGCGAUUCACUGAUCAGGAUAAGAUAUUUUUCAUCCAUUUCCUGCGUUGGCUGCUCCGUAAGGGACCCGUUCCUGAAAGGGAAGCGAUCUACAAUAUCCUAGCGGAACAAACGCCUCACCACAACGCGGAUUCAUGGAAGCGUCAUUGGGAUGGCUAUCCUGUGCUCCCGGACAAAAUCUACAUCGAAGCGCGGAAGCGCGGAAACUACCAAGCUCUUGCCUCAGACACUCCAUCGUCGGUGUCCGUUGAGAAGUGGUACGAAGAAGACACGGCGGAUACAAAUCGGGUCCUAUUUACGUCCGAGCCAGCAUCGGGGUCAAAGGCAGAGCCUGUUCUGAGCGUCCGCACGCCGACCCGUCCAAAGGGCGGUAUCCCAGUCACCAACAACGAUUUCCGCGAGAUGGCUAAGUACAUGUAUGAGAGGCGACAUGUAUGGUAUAAUUACCCUAGUCUCAAGUCGCGCUGGCAGGAGUUUGGGCAACGUCCCGAGAAUCUCAAGAGGUCCGUGGAUGCCUGGUACUGUGUCGAGCGCGAUCGCGGCAAGGUCCUUCAACAGUACUACGAUGCACACGCCGCGGCUGCCAAUGACCAUGGCGACGAGGAGUCUGAGAAAGGAUCCGAGCUCGAGUACGUUGACAGGAUUAACGCUCUCCCCCGGCACAACGUUGCCGGUUCCUCCAGCACUUCCAGUCCCUCCGACAAACGCAUCGUGAAGGGCGUCUUGUUCAGCAACCCUCUGAAGCGACGAGCCGAAAUGGGAACUGCGCGCUCCGCGAGCGCAGGUGGAGGGUCCUCUGACGCGAAGCGCAUCAGAAAGACGGUUGUCAGACAGGAACCCAUCGAAAUCGACUCGGACUAAGCGCCGGCUCGUGAAUUACUCGACAAUAUCAGUACGAUCACGCUUAGCUGUUGCUGAAGGUGUCAAGGACGAUGCAGACAGGCCCGGUCGCAGUAGGUGAAGCUCACCGAGUGACUGGUGGCCGGCAGAACGUAUGGGCCGUGGAGAACGGGGCGAAAUAGUAUGCAUAUGUAUCAAGGCAACCCGAGACGUCCGCGCGCAUGUGCACAGUAUACAAAGGAACCU